UCGACACCACGGCGCGGAAAUAGCCCAUCGCACGAGACGAUUGCGGCACUGAGGCCUUGCUGCGGGAUUGCAAGGGCGAUGUCAAUAGUGGAUAAAGAGCUCGUUUCCAUCCAGAAGUCAUGUUAUUCCCACCGCGGUGCUUUCCAAGGUGGCCUCGUUGGGGAUGGAAGCGCAUUGGUACUGUAUGUACAACAUGCCAUGCCAAUCUCCAUGCAAGAAUGCUGCCAAAUAACGCCAUUUCCUGCCCAAUGCAAACUGGGUAUCAUAUGCAGUCCCUUCGAGCCGAAACCUGCUCCUUAUUGCCAGAGCUGUUGACGCACAUCCAAGCCCAUCUCAACACACUCACUCUCUUCCCCUCCUUCGUAGAUCAACCAACCCAUCUACCGCUUCUUUGCCCUCCUUCCUCCCUACCGCCGCAGCUACAGCAAAAUGAUCAAGUAAAGCUCCCACCGCUUAAACACCUCCCGCAGCUACAGCUAGACGAGGUACCAUUGCCUCCGAAACAAGCCAAGAUUUAUAAGUGCGAUUGCUGUCGGAGACAGCAAUCUUUCCAUAGCAAGGAAGAGCUCCGUGUUCACCAGCGAGAGAGGCCGUUCAUUUGCGGCUUCUGCCCGAAACGUUUCAAACGCGAGAACGAGGCCAAACGGCACGAGAACACAUACCACAACCCAUCUUACCCGUGGCCAUGCGCCAAACUUGCGACUGCGAAUGCGGCUUUUCACCCUUCGCGUGACAGUUUAAGCAACAUCUGCGGUUAUUGCGGCAGCCACUUCCCGGUCUCGGCAAGCCAGGACACUCUUUCCAAACAUGUAGAAAGCCACAGUUUCGGAUCGUGCAGACGAAAGGAGGUCUUCGGCCCUGAUCACUUUCAACAACACCUCAAGAAAGUUCAUGGUGCUUCUUCUGGGUCAUGGACGAAAAGGCUGGAGAUCACAUGUGAGAGUUUACAGUCGACCCGGGGUUUCAGGGGCGUAGGACUUAUGCGAGUAAGCGCGUCUGGUCGAAACACAAGCACGCCCGAUACACCCACCCGCAUCUGAGCUUGCAGAUAAGCUUGCAGCAGGCGGAGUAUCGGCACUGGGAGUUCCUGCCAGGAGAUAUUACAAGGUAAACCACGCAGACGCAACCGGACGUUGACUGAAGUAUAUGGCUGUGGAGGAGGA